GUCGAAUCCGAGCAGGAGCGUUCGUGUGUAAAAGUCGCGCUGGGCGGCUCCAGUGCGACCAGCGAUGCGUCACUAGCAGGGAUUCCAAGGACUCUGUUGCGACACAAAGCUGCAAUCUGUGGUGACCAGGAAAGAGGUCAUCUGCCAUCGGCGCGAAAAAAUAAGACAACUAGUUGUCGCCGAAGCGUUGCGGGCGGACUGCAGUGGAGUUCCGGAGCGGCUCAGACGUGGGAUCACCGUGCAGUUGUGGAGAUAACCGUCGAUAUGGUCGUUGGAGAAGCUAACUUAACGCUGGAGACGAUAUCUCAAGCAAACUCUUUAUUUACGUUCGACAUUUACAAGGAUUUGGCAAAUGGAACAGACAACCUGUUCUUCUCGCCUGUCAGUAUACAAGUGAUCCUAGCACUUGUGUUUCUGGGUGCUCGUGGAGACACAGCCAAGCAGAUAGCGAGGGGUCUGCGUCUACCUGAAGACAGAAAUGUGACAGAGGAUGGAUUCAGUGCUUUAACGAGUCGGCUACAGGAAAGUAACGACGUGAUGCUUAACGUAGCUAACAAGAUAUUUAUUAAGAAUGGUUUUAACAUUAAGCAAGAAUUCAACAAUUCCGCUAUUAGCUUAAAGGCUGGAACCGAAGUAGUGGAUUUUUCACAAGAGGAAGCAGCACGGAAAACAAUAAAUGACUGGGUAGAAAAUAAGACGAAUCAGAAGAUAAAAAGUAUAAUCCCUCCAGGUGUUCUGAAUGACUUAACCAGGAUGGUACUGGUGAAUGCCAUUUACUUCAAGGGCGAGUGGCAAAAGACUUUCAAUAAAGCUCUUACAUCACCAACACCAUUUCAUGUGGCCCCAGGAUCAACACAAAGUGUGAAAAUGAUGUACAUUAAAGAAAAUUUCAAGUAUUCUGACGUACCUGAACUGGAAUCCCAGGUGCUGCUUCUCCCAUACAAGGGAGAAAGGGUCAGUAUGUUGAUAAUACUGCCCAGAGAGCAAAACGGCCUUUCGAAUCUCGAGAAGAAACUUACCAACAUAACUCUUCAAGACAUUUUAGCGAGAACGAGCAAACGAGAAGUGCGUGUGUUUUUACCAAAAUUCAAACUGGAAUACAAAAAGGAGCUUACAACGACGUUACAAACACUUGGUAUCACUGACGUGUUCGAUGCCAGCAGGGCAAAUUUGACUGGUAUUAGUGAUGAGCCACUAGCAAUUUCCAAAGUUUUGCACAAGGCUUUCAUAGAAGUCAACGAAGAAGGCACAGAAGCAGCAGCAGCUACUGCUGCUAUUAUCGGCCUCUCUCUGACCCUUCCUUUACCUGACCCACCAGUCAUCUUCAAGGCAGAUCAUCCGUUCGUGUUCCUGAUACUGGACCAGCAGACACACACUGUUCUGUUUGCAGGUCGCUACUCAACUCCUCCUUCAUAAAUUCUGAUGGUCGAAGACUUCCGUGAAAGUUAUUUUAAUUUUGAAAAAUAUGUAUUGUGUUAAAAACAAAUUUGUUUGUCCACAAUGUAUAAUUAUUCCUGAACAGGAAAUGGUGUACAGAACGCAGUAAAUAUGGUCUAAAAUAUGUGAAUAAUAUAUAUAUAUAUCAUUGAAUAAUCACACUGUAAAAUGUCUCUCACAAUAGUAUUUUAGGAACUAUUAAAAUGAAAUCUGGAUUUUAAAGUUCA